AUGAAAAUUGUUUACACAUUAUUAGCCAUACUGAUAAUAAAAUGGGCGAGGUGUGGUGAUAGUGAUGGAAAAGGAGUAGUAAAGGGUGCAGAGCAACAGAAUCCUCCGGGACCUACACAUUCAGCAAGUUCAUUGACUUCCAAAGCAGAUGCCUCCCUAUUCAAUGUAGAAGAUGGAGAAGAUAAUGGGUUUAAGAUUCUAAAACUCACAGCCAAGGAAGGUGUUACUGCAAAGAGUAUUACAUAUGGAAAAGAAACAGUCUGGGAAGAUAAGAAGAAGUCAUGCUCCUCGGCUGUCUUGUAUAUGGAUGGAGAGAAGCCCACUCUUGCAGUACUUGUUACCAGGGAUAAGAAUAAUAAGCAGGGGACAGUCUAUAGAUACCAUGAUGGAAAGAAGUGGAAGAAUGGUAAGGAGAAGGAUUACAAAAAGAAGUUGAGCGAACUGAAGAAGAAAGUUCCCAAGACUCAUUCCACCACGGAAUCUCAGCAAAAUACACAAGCCGCUCAACCAACUGAAUCUAAGGAAGCUUCUACAGAAGCUCAUAAGGAUGAUAAUACUACAUCAGAUAAUACAGAUACUCAAUCAGCUGAGCAAGCUCAAGGCCCACUACAGACAGAUGGACCGACUCCUCAGGGUGUUACUAAUGAGGCCUCUACAGGAUAUAAUGCGGCAGCUAGACCAAGGGAUGACAGUUCUAGUGACUUUGAAAUACGAUACAAAGUACCAAAUAACUCCAGUGGUACCCCUGCAAAUACGACAGAUCCAGCGUCGGCUAAAUCCAAUGGUGGUUCAACUACAGCAACUUUGGACCUGGGAAAUCCUGAUAUUUCCGUAUGCGAGGUCUUCAAUGUCAGAAUUAAGGGAAUCCCUGCAAGAGCGUAUCUUGUUACACAUGAGGUUGGUGCCAAUGUUGUCAGACAAAUAAUGAGCAAUGGUAAAGACGUAUGGAUUGGUAGGGAUACUAAACCAUGCCUUUACUGUAUUGCAUUCCUAAAGGACGAUAAACCAAACAUGAUAGCCACUAGCGUGAAAUCAGGUAGUAUAAUUUGUCAAACUCUCCGCGAAUAUGAUGACAAAGAAGGCUGGCAACUGUCCCUUAAGGACAAUGAUAAAAAGAUGAAUGCGUUGAAGACAGUACAGGGUGACAUCACAAAAUUCUCUCUUGACAUUUCUCUGGCAGAAAGUAACGAAAACUGCGUAGUCGAGAACUAUGAAGACAAUAGUCUCAAGACUCGCCUAUAUGCCCCAAAGAAUGGUAAAGCCAUAAACAAGAUUACAGAUAGCGAAAAGGUUAUUGGUACGCUUAACGAUAGCUACACAUGUUAUCUAUGUGAACUAUACUCCAAGAGUAACAUUAGAUUGCUAAGGGUACACACAGAAACGGACUAUGAUGUUUACCUGUGCCACUAUAUGAAUGACGGAAGCGGAUGGAAGAUGAUCAAGGAGGAUGAAUUUGGAACAAAACUAGGGGAAUUAAGAAAUAGUACUAUACAACCAGCUUCUGCAGAGUCUAAAAACGCCAAUACUCAAGGUCCUGUUACACCACCCAGUAAAUAA